UGCUUGUAUUCAAAGAAACAUUAAUAAGAGAUAAAAAUUUCAAUUAACCAUGUAUUUUAAAUAUUUUAUUGCGUCUUUAAAAGAAAUGUUUCUUCUGUUUCAGAUGAAAUGAACAAAUUAUUAUUCGUCUACUCAAGGCCUCAAAUGAGGAACGGAUAACAGCACUGGAGCACAAACAGCCCCAGUAUAUGUCAGUAAUAUUUCGAUAAAAAUAUAAGAAAAUUUGUAAGCUUUAAAAGUCAUAGUUUAUCAAAAGAAUAAAGCUUUAAAACUGUAUCCAAAGAAUAUAUGAUACUAUGCAUGUUUAUAAAGGUAAAUCAGCUAGGUAAAGAUAUAAGUAGUUUAAAUUUGGUGCAAGAAAUAGAAGUUUAAGAUAAAGACCUCAAAAUUUUGGGAAAUUGGAAUGUAGAAAGCAAUCUACGAAGGUGAGUGAAGAUGAGGACUAUAUCAUCGAAGAGCACCCUGCUGGUCCCGCCCGUCCUUCACAACUCUAGUUGCACCCACCCUCGCUACGGCUCUGUCGGUCCUCAGGCCUCAGUCGGAGGGUUAGUCCAGGGUACCAUCAUCCUCACGCUCUUCGUCGGCAUCAUCGUGGCCAACCUCUUAGUCAUCAUUGUCAUCAACAGUCGCCGAUACUCCAAGUACAUUCACGCCCAGCCGAGAUACUUGCUGACGUCUCUGGCAGGGAACGACCUGGCCAUUGGCCUACUGGUGACCCCGUUCGGUGUGCUGCCCGCCGUAUACGGUUGUUGGCCCUAUAGCGACAUUCUCUGCCAGAUACAGGCACUGCUACGUGGAGCUUUAACACAGCAGAGUGCAGCCAUCUUGAUCUGCAUGGCCGUGGAUCGUUAUAAUUGCAUGCUGCAUCCAGUGAACUACCACAAACACUCCAACAAGAAGGGGUGCAUGGCGCUGCUCAGCCUCACCUUGGUGACGUCUCUCACUGUGUUCUCAACCCUGGUGCUGCCAAGGGGCAGCUAUUACUUCAACAUGACCGGGCUUGCCGCUUGUGACCCGUUCUACACCAGAGCCAGUCUCCGUAUCCUGGCGGCAUGCAUCUUCUACUUCCCUACCACCAUGGUGCUGAUGUAUUGCUACGGCUCGGCCUUUCACGUCAACAAGUUGAGGCUCAAGCGGGGAGUGACCGCCGCCAGCCCUCCUGAGGAGAUCAACAACGCCUCCCUUGAAAAGCUGGUAGCUCACGAACGCAGACUGAGUACGAACGCAUCUCGAACUAUGGCUGCCAUGUCUCUGGGAUUCAUCGUCAUGGUGACCCCCUGGACCAUCCAAGAGGUGGUGGUCGCUUGCACAGGGUCAAAGAUGCCACCCUUCCUGGACUUCACCAUCACCUGGUUGGCGCUCAGUAACAGUUUCUGGAAUCCAUUCCUAUACUGGCUUCUUAACAACAAUUUCCGCCGUAUCAGCAAGGAACUAUUUCUCUCCAAGAUCCUGUGUCGUAAACCCAAAAAGCCAAGUGAGCCUGUUAUCCGGUGUUGCACAUCGACUGGGCCGAUAGCCGCCGCCGUGGCUAACCGUACCGACCUGGAGGGUAUGAGCGAGAAGUACUGGGGUGAGAUCCUGGAGCGUACAGUGAGUAGCAGCAGUCUACAGGCUAUGCAGCGAGUAGCACCCUCCCCAGGCACAGUACCCUCAUCUCUGCCGAGUCGUAGGACCCAGUGAUGCGCGCUGUUCGGGUGGUCCUUCCAUUGUUCCAUCACCAAGGAGUCGUUUAAUGACCAGAACUGGUGUGAGGUCCACGGAGUCAAAACUCACAGUACGCUAUAGUACUAAGUAGCGUCGUCAUUACCCAGUCACAGGGUCUAGUGAUGUGAUAUUUUCUGGUGAUCCUUGCAAGAGUCUAUCUCAAAGGAGUCGUUCAAUGACCAGAACUAGUGUGUGGGUUAUGGAGUUAAGAUUUACAGUAUGCUAUACUAUAGAUGCUAUAGUAAUCCGUACCGUUGACACUACCAAGUAACAGGGUGAGUGGUGUGAUCUGUUCGGUCGGUCAUUGCAAUGAUCCACCACUAGUGAGUCGUGCAAUAACAAUAUCUUUGGCGAGAUCCACUGUUUAAAGACUCAUAUCGUACUAUAGUACGAAAUCCCCUUGUCACUGUCUAAACGCAGGACAAAGUGUUGCUAUGUGUUUGGCUGGUCCUUCCGUUGCUAUAUCAUUAAGUCAAUGACCAGAACCCAUUAGCAAAUGUACUAUCUAAAACUUAUAAUACUACAGGUAUAUUAUAAUAUGUUGUAACUGGUCACUGUUAAUUUCAUUUCCGGAAUUCUCUCGUUCAUAGUUUUCAAUGUUUCAUCGUUUACGUUAUUUACGUGUGUGACUGUAGCAUAUAAGUGGAUACUUUUAAACACGUAUUUGUGUUUAAUAAGUAGCUCAAUUUCAUUAUUGUAUACCGACUAUUUGACUUUGGGCUUUACAUUUUUAGACUCCUACUAUUAAUGAAUUGUAUGUAAAAAUGUGAUUUUCGUAUCUUUUUGUUCAAAACAUGCGGACAUGUUUAAAAAUUACCGAUGUUUAUAUUGUCACAUCAUAUGUCUCAGAGAAUAAUAUAAACUGUUUUCAGUGUUUAAUUAGUCAAUAUAAGUUUUUUUCUCCAGUUUUAUACUCGUGUUUCUACCGGAUAUCUAUUUUUAAUUUAUAAUUAGAAAAUAAUCUUGAAAAAGUUACUUAAAUUCAGUAAAUAAUGUUUACAUGGUAUAUGUUUAAACAGCGUAAAUAAACUUUGAAGUAUAAGUAAAAAUUUUAGAUUAAUUUAUUUGUAUUAAUAUAAUUUAAAAAAUCUGAGACUUGGGUAUUUGAGUUUUAUUUAAUAUUAUUUGUUGCAAACAUGUUUUGAAUCCUAAAUUUUUAAUUAUAUGGUGUAUUCAUCACUUUGAUACUGAAAUUAUUAAAAAUGUAUUAUGAACCUAAAAAAUGUAUUUUCGUUACCGAAUAUAUUACAUUAGGGAUCGUAAACUCUGAAAAAGAGACUAAAUAAUGUAACCAACAUAAUUUUAUAGUUGUGUAGGUAUUACUUACCAAGUUUCCAAUACAACAAACAAAAAUAUGAAUAGCAUUAUUUAUGUAGUAACUUUACUGCCUUUCUUAAAAUAUUAUAUCUAGAAUAAUAAUGAGCCUUUAGUUAAUCUAUAUAUGUAGUUUUGAAAUGGAAAUACGUAAGACGCUGUCAGUGAACUUCCAUAUCAACGUAUCAAAAUCCACUACCCAAGAGUAGGUCUUGAAUGUCAAUCACAACUUUGUACAUUUGUAUAUACUGUACGCAAUUUGUAUAUUUGUAUUGUUUCCUAAUAAAUAUUGAAUGAAGGCCUA